AUGUGCGGGUCUUGUUCCGCGACCUCCAAUAGCCCAAUUCAUCAGUUCCGCCGAUCGUCGUGGGGCGAGCGGAGAUGUUGGAGCGUGUCAAUUAUUGAUUUUGACAAGGUCUCGUUAUUGGGCGAUCAUCACUUGGAGAAUAACCAUGAGAGCCGUACUGCUACGGCGAAGCGUCGGUGCCAGGUGAAUAAGACUUUCGAUUCCUUCGCUGAGGUCGCGUCUGCCUUACGUGGACAGGGCACUUUGGAAGCGCGAAUUGAGCGACUUCUGCAGAACAUCCUUGCAUGGGACUCGUGGCUCUGCACCUCAACCAACUCAACUCCUGGCAGGAAAUCUACGAACGAGUUCUGUGGCUUCUUCAGUGCUGGGCCUUUUGCAACUGAUGGCACUGUUCCACUCUUGGUGGUGACGGAAGGGGCCGCCAUCAUCAACUGCAUGCUGCACGUUCUCUACGGAAUGUCGUCCCGCAUAUAUUGUCCCGACAUCUCAACCAUAGCAAAAACGUUUACUGCCCUUGUAAAAUAUGGAUUCUCCCUCCCAGAAAAUGUGCCCUCAACCUCGGAGAUAUUCACGGAUCUCGUCUCGCACGCGGCUGACCCAAACUCGGACCCUCUAGAGGUCUAUGUCAUUGCGGCUUCUCAUUCGUUUGAGGAGCUCGCCGUUGUGUGUUCCUUUUACGCGCUGAGAAUGCCACUAUCAGACAUUGAUCAGAAGAGUGCCGUCGAUAUGGGCCCUGCGUACUUGCUCCGACUUUCUAGAUUGCACGAGUAUCGCAAGGGAGAGCUGGAUAAGCUGUUGUUGGUACCACCUGCGAUGCAUGAGGAGACGUCGACAUGUGGUCGCGAACAUAUGCAUAGCGUCAUGCGGGCGUAUUCACUCACUGCUGCGUACCUCGCUUGGGAAGCGAAGGCGGACGCCACUACCGAGUGGAUCAGUGGGUUUUUUGACAGGGUGAUAACGAAUGCGGGCUGCAGCCUUUGUCGAGAGAAUGUAAGAAGGAGAGUGCAAGAUGUUAUUCAGGGGUGGUCCAGACUCAGGCGCACGAUCUAAGAGGGGGAUGCUCUUGAUAAGUCUCUUCUCCAAAACCCCCCUCCUUUCACAAGAGAAUGGGACCCAUUCUCAACCAGAGGUCUUCUGUCUCUGGGCAGGGUUUUCCACCCUAGUAAAGCCUAUCAGAACAUCCCUCCUGUCGUUCCAGAUCCCUAUUCUCCUCCCCCACAAUAUACCCACCCUCAUAAUUUAUUGCACGCAAACCACACACGUUGUGACAUGUGUCCAUUAUUCUGUUCGAAAGCUGUGUCGAUUGUUUUGUAGUUGCUUCUCAACCACUCAUCCAUAUGCUUUCCUUGAUUCCCGCUGGGUCCUGCAAACUUCUGCAUAAACUGACAUCUCCAGGCAUAAGAUCCUCAAUUAUAUUUGAGAUCCCUCGGUCCAUUCUGUCGCGGGUGCCGCCUUCUCCGCCACACCAAUCCCGUUUAAAUUCUGCCCGGCCUGUAUCAUACCUUCCAACUCUGUGAAUGCACCGCGUCGCACAACACA